UUAAAUCUUAACCACCCCUCAUACUUGACAGGGGCAUAUACUAAUUUUUAUGUGGUUGUCUAUAAUAAAGUGUGAGUUGACAUCUAGAUACUUAUAUUUGAUAGGUAAAUAAGUACAAAGUAUAAAAUGUCGCAACUAAUAUAAGUUCAAUAAUAUUGAGAUGAAUGUAACAGAAGUUGUUGAUCGUAUCGGUAAGAUAUACGGAUUUAAAAGAGAAUUAGAACCUGACAAAAUUAUUGGAACUGCACAUUCAAGUGGUGAAUUGAUGUUUUUAAUGAAAUGGAAAGGAACAGAUGAGAUAGAUCUGGUCGCAGCGAAAGAGGCAAAUUUACUCUGUCCACGAAUAGUUAUACAGUUCUACGAGGAUAGACUUUCAUGGCAUAUCACGAAGCAAAAUUCAAACCAUGACAAAGUAAAUACCUAUGCAAAAUUGAAAAAAAGUUCUAAUUUGUCUAAGAUAAUGCGUAGGAGGAAGCGAAGUAACAUUGGACAAGUAAAUUCUGUAUCUAAAAGAAUAAGAGCAACAGAAACUCCUGAAGAUCGUGAAGCCAGGCUUAAGCAACAUCGAGUUAGAAUGGCUUUGUCAAGGGCUACAGAGACAACUCAACAACGCCAAGCUCGACUAGACCAGCAGCGAAUAAGGACUGCUUUGUUGAGAGCUGCGGAAACAACUCUACAACGUCAGGCUCGACUUGAGCAAAAUAGAUUAACAACUGCUUUGUCAAGAGCAACAGAAACAAGACUGCAACGUCAAGCACGUCUCGAAGCAGACCGUAUAAGACAUGUUCAAAGAAGAAUCAUGUCUCUGGAACGGCAGAAUGUGUUUAUGGAAGACCAAACAGUUAAAAUUAAGGAAGAAAAGGUGUUGAACAUGACCGAGUUGGAAACUUUUUAA